GUUAGUUACUGACAUUUGCAAUUUGCGAAAACCGUGCAGGAAUUAAUCAUCUCAGAUAAGAAAUGAAAACAACCAUUGAAACACUGGUCUUAUUUCAGUACAGUAUAACUUACGAACGGCGAAAUACUGAACUCUGUGUCCGUUUGCAAAGCUUUAACUGAAUAAAACAAUCAGUUAUUCAUGGAAAAGUUUCGAAAGUGAAUUUUACUGAAAGUUCUUCAAAGAAAACAACAUCUGCGAAUCUAGGAACGGACCUUUUACAAACUCGGCGAUUCUGGAAAUCGCGACGAGGGAUGAAUGUUGAAUUGCGUGAUUUUGAAUUCAGUGAUUCAGAGACAGAUUUGCUUAUCGAAUCUACUAAUAGUGGUCGUUCGUCCAACCGAGUGACUUAUAGUGGGCGAUCAGUGCGUGGAAGAAGAAACCAGCCAUUUAAAAUGGGAAAUUUUUUAAAAAAUAUUUUCUGUUGCUGGUGCUGGGCUUGGCGAAAAUGGUGCGCUUCCAAGGAGCUGAAACCCCGGACGAUUCUAAUCGGAAAACCGUCUACGGAAAAGUUUCCUCCGAACGAGAUCCGUAACCAAAAGUACAACAUCUUCACCUUCCUCCCCCUAGUACUGUUCGAACAGUUUAGGUUCUUCCUAAAUCUGUAUUUUCUAAUCAUGGCCGUUAGUCAAUUCAUUCCGGAUGUUCGGAUCGGUUAUUUGUACACAUACUGGGGUCCGCUUGGGUUCGUACUGGCGGUUACUAUCUGUCGCGAGGCAGUCGACGAUUUACGCCGACACAAGCGAGACCGCGAAGUUAACUCGCAAAAAUAUAAACGAUUCAACAACGUUGAUAAACCACCCGAGCUGGUUUCCUCGUCGAAAUUGAAAGUGGGUGACAUUAUUAUGGUAGAGAAGGACGAGCGUGUUCCAGCCGAUUUAAUACUGCUACGAACCAGCGAUAAAAGUGGAGCAGUUUUCGUGAGGACCGAUAUGUUGGACGGUGAAACGGACUGGAAACUCCGCUUGGCUGUUCCUGCCACACAGAAAUUAGCAUCUCACAGCGACUUAUUCAGUAUUGGAGCUUCACUGUAUGUUGAAAAACCGCAACGGGACAUUCAUACUUUCAUUGGAACCUACUCAAAGCUGGAAGGUUCCGAAGACGAAGGUUUAAAUGUGGAAAACACUCUUUGGGCCAAUACGGUAGUGGCCUCCGGUACUGCUGUUGGUAUUGUGAUCUACACUGGGGCUGAAACGCGAAGCGUAAUGAAUAAUUCACAGCCUCGGUCUAAAGUGGGUCUGCUGGAUUUAGAAAUCAACGGCUUGACGAAAGUGCUGUUCUGUGCAGUCAUUGGUCUUUCUUUCGCAAUGAUGUGUCUGAAGGGAUUCAACGGACCUUGGUAUCGAUACAUGUUCCGAUUUGUGCUGCUGUUCUCCUACAUUAUCCCGAUCAGUUUACGAGUUAACUUGGAUAUGGGAAAAGCAUUUUAUUCGUGGCAAAUUCAAAAUGAUGAAGAAAUUCAGGGAACAGUAGUACGAUCUACAACAAUCCCGGAAGAAUUGGGGCGAAUAUCAUAUUUGUUGUCAGAUAAAACUGGAACAUUGACUCAAAACGAAAUGAUUUUUAAGAAGAUCCACGUUGGAACGGCAGCUUACGGAAGAGAUACAUUUCCGAUGGUGUCAGCAGCAAUUCAGUCAGUGUACAGUAGUAUCUCAGUGCAAGGUGACGGCUCACCUACAAAGCCAACCGGAUAUCAACCUAGACUAAGGAAACCAGACGGCUGGCGAAUAUGGGAGUCGGUUAAGGCGCUCGCUCUGUGUCACAAUGUAACACCCGUGUAUGAUAAUGGUAAUGGAGGUCUCGGCAUUAACGGUUCGGACCGUAGGAAUUCUCCUUCCAGAUCGAUAUCAAUAGAAGCACAGGAAGCAGUAAAGCUGCCAGAGAAAACAUAUCAAGCUUCAAGCCCGGAUGAAAUUGCUUUAGUCAAAUGGACUGAGUCAGUUGGGCUGACCUUGAUCAAUCGAGACUUAAAUCAUAUGACGUUACAGAUCCGAGAUAAAGAUGCACCGGUUAGUUCAAUGAAUGAAAAUGCAUCGAUAAAUACCACAGUUACAAACUUGUCCGGGAAUUCUAAAACAGACCUCAACUCACCAUCAAGUUCAGGUAGCGCGGUGUCGCUAAGUUCCCUCACGGGAGGUAUUAUGAAGUAUCAAAUCCUCCAAACAUUUCCUUUUACUAGUGAAAACAAACGGAUGGGGAUAAUCGUAAAGGAGCUAAACAGUGGAGAAAUCACCUUUUAUUUGAAAGGAGCAGACGUUGUCAUGUCCGCUAUCGUGCAGUAUAACGAUUGGCUCGCUGAGGAAAGUGGUAAUAUGGCUCGCGAGGGUCUCCGUACGUUAGUUGUUGCGAAGAAAGUACUUAGUGAAGAUCAGUACAGUGAUUUUGAAACGCGUUACAAUGCGGCAAAAGUCAGUGUUACAGAUCGUGUGGCUAAAGUAUCUGCUGUAAUCGAAAGCCUCGAAAGAGAGAUGGAACUAUUGUGCUUAACUGGUGUAGAAGAUAGAUUACAGGAGCGUGUGAGACCCACUCUUGAGCUGUUACGUAAUGCCGGUAUUAAAAUCUGGAUGCUGACUGGAGAUAAACUAGAAACGGCUACUUGUAUCGCAAAGAGCUCGCAUCUAGUGGGACGAAAUCAAAACGUUCACGUACUGAAAAGUGUUUUAACACGAACUGAUGCUCAUUUGGAGCUUAACCAAUUCCGUAGAAAGCAGGAUUGUGCACUGGUAGUAUCUGGAGAAAGUUUGGAAAUUUGCCUUCAGUAUUAUCAGCCUGAGUUCAUGGAAUUAGCAACCGCUUGUCCAGCUGUGGUCUGCUGCAGGUGUAGUCCAACUCAAAAAGCGCAGGUUGUAUCACUCAUACAGAAAUACUCAGGUAAACGAACAUGCGCCGUUGGAGACGGAGGAAACGAUGUUAGCAUGAUCCAACAGGCAGACGCAGGCAUUGGCAUUGAGGGUCGCGAAGGCAAGCAGGCUUCCCUAGCAGGCGACUUUAGCAUACCUCAAUUCUCGCACAUAGCCAAACUGCUGAUAGUGCACGGACGGCGCUCUUACAAGCGAUCUGCCGCGCUCUCACAGUUCGUCAUACAUCGAGGUUUGAUCAUAUCAACCAUGCAGGCUGUUUUCUCAGCGGUUUUUUAUCUUUCCUCCGUUGCCUUAUACCAAGGAUUUCUAAUGGUCGGUUAUGCAACGCUGUACACCAUGUUCCCGGUUUUCUCACUUGUGCUGGACCAGGAUAUUAGCUCGAACAUUGCACUCACCUAUCCAGAAUUAUAUAAAGAGUUAUCCAAAGGGAGGAGCCUGAGUUACAAAACAUUUUUCAUGUGGGUGUUAAUCAGCAUUUAUCAAGGUGGUGUGAUUAUGUAUGGAGCAUUGAUCCUUUUCGAAGACGAAUUCAUUCAUAUAGUUGCGAUCAGUUUUUCGGCACUGAUUUUAACUGAACUUAUAAUGGUUGCAUUGACGAUCAGAACAUGGCACAAAUUAAUGGUAUUGGCAGAACUGUUUAGUUUGGUGCUUUAUAUAAUCUCGCUUGCCGUGCUUCACGAAUACUUUGACUGGGAGUUUAUCUGGUCAUGGGAAUUCCUAUGGAAAGUCCUAGUGAUAACGCUGGUCUCCUGUCUGCCACUGUACAUUUUAAAAUUCUUGCGGAAGAAAUUUUCUCCCCCGUCGUACUCGAAAUUAUCCUAAGACACCUUAUUGACUCUCACGACAGCGAACAGAAAUCAAAAAGUUCGCCUGCAUACUGCAACGAUAACUGUUUUCUAAUAAUAAUUGUUACAUAUAAUUUAUGAGUCCUUUGGUGGUGAUCCGUUGAUUUUCGCACCCUCACCUCAAUUUCUACUUCUAGAAACACAUCUAAUUUAAUAUCAGUCUGAUUUCGCAAUCUUAGUAAUCACCAAAGUAUUAUACAACCCAUUUAUGAUUUACCCUGCAAUAUCAUUUCAACAUUUUAAUCUGAACGAUGUGUGCAUUAUUAUCAUCUACUUUAUUGUAUUGGGAAGGAUUUUCCUUUCUCGAUCUAUUGUGAUGUCAAUACUAUGAAUGUUCGUGAUAUAAUUUAUGUAGCACUUUAUAUUUCUGCACAUUCUAAUCAGCGAAUUUAUUUACGAUUCUGAAAUUGAUGUUGCUAUUCGAAGUAUAAUUGCAUAAUGUUUCUACUUAAUCUUCGAUAGCUUUCCAGUUAAAGCAAGCAAAAAAUCUAUUUUGUCAUUAUAACGUUCAAAAACUUACAGAAUAUCGUUAAUGUAGCAUUUUAUAUAAAAAAAAGUUCUUAGUUGAUUAUACGCAAAACGACGAUAAUGUAAGGGACGGGAAAUUAUAGCAUAGCAUGAUUUGAAAGGUUAAGUGAAUACAGUGCACAAAAGCGCUACAGCAUCCGGAAAAUGACCGAAAAGAAGAGACUACGAUGACUAUUAGAAAAAAGAACAAUAAAUCAACAGUUUUACCGAAUCAA